AUGUGUUUUAAAUAUUUUUCUGUGCUCUUACUGUUCCCCUCCUUCCCUCCCAUUCCCAUCCGCAUCGCCGAACACUGUCCCUACGCUACGCCCCACACCCACCAGGUGGUUUCCUUCUGCGCCCUACUGGCCUAUCUCAAUCUUAAUCCGCUCGAGAGGUGCCUGCCGGGGCUGGCCGUGUGCUUCCUCCACAUGCUCUUUGCUCCUCUAUCCAACCUCAACCCCGCCUUUCCCCCCUCCACACCCCCCCACACGCACCAGGUGCUUUCGUUCUGUGCCUUGCCAGCCUAUCUCAGCAUCAAUGCACUCGAGAGGUACCUUCUAGGGCUGGCCGUGUGCAUCCACAUGCUGCUGCAACACAGGGGGCAGCGACCCCUGGACUGGCCAUACCAGACCCACCUCAUCCACCCCAGCGAAGUCUUGGACGAUCUAAUCACCCUAGCAGCACCAUCCACACCAGCGCUAGCAGCGCAGGCAGCAACAGCCUCCUACCGUCGCUUCACUACUGCCGUCCUCUUGUCCCCCCUUGUCUCCCCCUCCCUUAUCCCCCCUGAUCUCCCCUCCCUUCUCCCCCCGUUCACCACAUUCUCCCCAUCUCCCCAUACAGUCUUGGGCGAUCUAAUCACCCUGGCGGCACCAACCACACCAGCGCUGGUAGCGCAGGCAGUAGCAACCUCCUAUCGUCGCUUCACCACUGCCCUUGCCAGCCACUCACCAUGA